GUAUAGUAGGUGGUGAUUUGAGAGUAACGGUGAUGGAAGAAUGUAAUCGAGUUGAAGAUGUAGAGGAGGGUGAGAUCUCAGAUUCGGCUUCAGUUGAAGAAAUCAGUGAGGAUGCGUUCAAUAGGCAAGACCCACCUACUACUACUACUAAGAUUAAGAUUGCGAGUAAUGAAAAUCAAAAUCAAAAUUCGACGACGACUAGGGUUUGGACGAUGAGAGAUGUAUAUAAAUAUCCAAUUUCUAGGGAUUAUGCUAGAGGUUUGUAUAACCUGGCUUGGGCUCAGGCUGUGCAGAAUAAGCCUUUAGACGAACUAUUCGUCAUGACUAGUGACAAUUCCAACCAGUGUGCUAAUGCUAAUGCUGAUGUUGAAUCCAAGGUCAUCAUUGAUGUGGAUGUGGAUGACGAUGCUAAAGAGGAAGGAGAGUUGGAGGAAGGCGAGAUCGACUUGGAUGCCGCUGACCUAGUUCUAAAUUUUGGAAAGGAGGCCAAUUUCGUCAGGGAACAACUUCAGAGUGUUACUCUAGACGAAACCCACAAAUCCUUUUCUAUGGUUUGUUCCAAAUUGCAAACUUCAUUACUGGCCUUGGGGGAACUAGCUCUUUCUCAAGACAAGAAUGACAUUCUUAUUAAACUGUUUAUGACCGCACUCCGAACCAUUAAUUCUGUUUUCUACUCCAUGAACCAGGAUCAGAAGCAACAAAACACAGAUAUUCUAUCUAGGUUGCUUUUUGAUGCAAAGACACAAUUACCUGCUCUUUUGUCUUCUGAGCAGUUAAAAGAGGUGGAUGCUGUGAUUCUCUCUAUUAACCAGUCAGCUGUUUCCUCAAAUACUCAAGACAAUGACAAGGUCAAUGGGAUCAAAGUCGUUGAAUUGUUAGAUAUGAAGGUUUCUCAUAAAUCCUCUGAAAAUGCAAAUCAGGAUUUUACUUCUGUAAACAAGUAUGAUUUAGGUGCUGUAUCUAUCAAAUCUUCAGGCCUGAAGGAGCAGAGUGUGUCAUUUGAAUCUGUAAAACCAGGAUUAGCCAAUUCUAAAGCUAAAGGGUUAUCCAUUCCUUUGCUAGACCUCCAUAAGGACCAUGAUGAAGAUACUCUUCCGUCGCCUACACGAGAGAUUGGACCACAGUUCCCUGUUGCAAAAGCUACACAGGCUCAUGGAAUGGUGAAACUGGGCUUGCCUAUUUUUGCGGGUUCUCUUGAGAAAGGGAAUUCUUUAUUGCAUCCUUAUGAAACUGAUGCCCUUAAAGCUGUUUCCUCUUAUCAACAAAAAUUUGGUCGAAGUUCCCUGUUUGUUAGUGAAAACCUUCCAAGUCCAACUCCGUCUGAAGAGGGUGAUAGUGGCAAAGGGGACAUUGGUGGGGAGGUCACCAGUUUUGAUGUUGUACAUAAUGCCAGCCAUCUGAAUGAAUCUAGCAUGGGGCAACCAAUAUUGUCUUCUGUUCCCCAGACCAAUAUUCUUGAUGGACAAGGACUGGAAACUGCUCGGACUGCAGAUCCUCUGAGUUUUCUGCCAAAUUCUUCUUUGCGAUCUUCUACAGCAAAAAGUAGAGAUCCCAGACUCAGACUGGCAACCAGCGACGCAGUUGCUCAGAACACGAAUAAAAAUAUCUUGCCUAUCCCAGACAUUGAUUUGAAAUUGGAGGCUUCUUUAGAGAUGAUUGGUUCAAAAAAGCAGAAGACAGUAGACCUACCAGUCUUUGAUGCUCCAUUGCCGAAAAGACAAAGAAGUGAACAGACCGAUUCAAUCAUUGUGAGUGAUGUGCGUCCUUCUACUGGAAAUGGUGGUUGGUUAGAGGAUAGAGGGACUGCUGGGUUGCCAAUUACGAGUAGUAACUGUGCUACAGAUAGUAGUGACAAUGAUAUUAGGAAAUUGGAGCAAGUAACAACUACUAUCGCUACUAUACCUAGUGUCAUAGUUAAUGCUGCUGAGAACUUCCCAGUAACUGGCAUUAGCACGUCAACAACUUUGCAUUCUUUGUUAAAAGAUAUAGCUAUAAAUCCAUCGAUAUGGAUGAAUAUAAUCAAGAUGGAACAGCAGAAAUCUGCUGAUGCUUCUAGAACUACUACAGCACAAGCUUCAAGUUCUAAAUCUAUUCUUGGAGCAGUUCCAUCAACGGAUGCAGUAGCUCCCAGAUCUUCUGCUAUUGGCCAGAUAUCAGUAGGAAUACUUCAGACUCCUACACACACAGCAUCAGCGGAUGAAGUGGCUAUAGUCCGUAUGAAACCUCGUGACCCUCGGCGUGUUCUUCAUAAUACUGCAGUUCUGAAGUGUGGUAAUGUUGGAUCAGAUCAAUGUAAAACUGGUGUAGCAGGCACACACGCAACAAUAAGCAAUCUUGGUUUCCAAAGUCAAGAGGACCAGUUGGAUAGGAAGUCAGCUGUGACUCUUUCGACUACACCACCAGACAUUGCUCGCCAAUUCACCAAAAAUUUGAAAAAUAUCGCUGACAUGAUCUCUGUUUCACCAUCCACAUCACCGUCUGCUGCUUCUCAAACUCAGACACAAUGCAUACAAUCUUAUCAGAGUAGAUCGGAAGGUAAGGGAGCAGUUUCUGAGCCAAGUGAACGGGUGAAUGAUGCUGGCUUAGCUUCUGAAAAAGGUUCUCCUGGUUCAUUGCAACCACAGAUCUCUUGGGGAGAUGUUGAGCAUCUAUUUGAGGGGUACAGCGACCAACAGAGAGCUGAUAUCCAGAGAGAAAGGGCUAGGAGGCUUGAGGAACAGAAAAAAAUGUUUUCUGUUCGGAAGCUCUGUCUCGUCUUGGACUUGGACCAUACUCUUCUGAAUUCAGCAAAGUUUGUUGAAAUCGACCCAGUUCAUGAAGAGAUAUUGAGGAAGAAAGAGGAACAAGACCGUGAAAAGCCGUAUAGGCACCUAUUCCGGUUUCCACACAUGGGAAUGUGGACCAAGUUACGGCCUGGGAUCUGGAAUUUCUUGGAAAAGGCUAGCAAUCUUUUUGAGCUGCAUCUCUAUACCAUGGGUAACAAGCUAUAUGCCACGGAGAUGGCCAAAUUGCUAGAUCCAAAAGGGGAUCUGUUUGCUGGACGAGUGAUCUCCAGGGGUGACGAUGGAGAUCCAUUUGAUGGGGAUGAAAGGGUUCCUAAGAGUAAGGACUUGGAGGGGGUUUUGGGCAUGGAGUCAGCUGUUGUGAUUAUUGAUGAUUCUGUGAGAGUCUGGCCACAUAACAAGCUAAAUUUGAUUGUUGUAGAGAGGUAUAUUUACUUUCCUUGCAGUAGACGGCAAUUUGGUCUCCCUGGUCCUUCUCUUCUUGAGAUUGAUCAUGAUGAAAGACCAGAAGAUGGGACAUUGGCCUCUUGUUUGGGGGUUAUUCAAAGAAUACAUCAGAAUUUUUUCGCACAUCGGUCCAUAGAUGAAGCUGAUGUUAGGAACAUCUUAGCGACAGAACAAAAAAAGAUUCUGGCAGGUUGCCGUAUUGUAUUCAGCAGAGUGUUUCCUGUUGGUGAAGCCAAUCCUCAUUUGCAUCCUCUGUGGCAGACAGCUGAACAGUUUGGUGCUGUCUGCACUAGUCAAAUUGAUGAUCAGGUUACCCACGUGGUUGCAAAUUCUCUUGGGACGGAUAAGGUUAAUUGGGCACUUUCCACCGGACGAUUUGUUGUUCAUCCUGGCUGGGUGGAGGCAUCAGCUUUACUUUAUCGGAGGGCAAAUGAGCAUGAUUUUGCUAUUAAAUCUUAAAUUAACACAAUUUCCGUCUCUUGGUUAAAAGAAAAACUGAAAAAGGUGUUGAGGAUGAAAUCAAGAAUUGGAUGGAUGUUAUAAACGGAAACACUAGGUAAUCAGGCAAGAGAGAUUCGUUUUAGGUUAUGCCUAAGAUUGAUUUUGAAGGAAUGCACCCAAAUCCCUUGCUGGCUUCCAAAGUAAUACGGGGUGAAGCUUUAUUUAUGAGAAUUGAGUAGCGCGUAUUCUGUUUAAAUGCAUAGAUAACAAAGCUGAUGAAGAAAAAGGAAAAGACACUUAUGUAGUUGUUCCUUUGGAGACGUGUGAUAAACGUUGAACAAGAGCAAUACUUGUUUUUA